AUGUCGAAGCCCAAAGUCCGAAAACUGCAAGAUUACCCAAGGGGUUUCCCGAAAAUCUCCUGCUUCCUCGACAGCGACGAUGCCUUCAUGGUAUACCGGCGCUUCGGCUCGGUAUAUUCCCGCCUCUUGCUGUCUAAACAGGACGAGAUGAGCAGGAUGGAAGCUACACUUCUCGCCAUGGACCAAACAGAUCACGCUGAUGGCAAUGAAAGCUAUCUUAUGUCGAGACCUUUCGAUGUUGAGAGAGAAGAGAUUCCUGAGGUGUGGAAGGGGCAAUCGAGGGUAAAGCUGUUGGAGAGGAUGGAGAAGGUCGCGCUUGAGUAUGCGGAAUUACUGCUCAAAGCUCAAAAGCUCAAGGCAAUGGAUAGGCCGUCGAAUCGAGACUAUCGGAGCGUCUUACACUUCAUGGAGAAUGAUGGAGGUCAGCUUUUUGAAGAGGAUAUGGGAUUUAUAUAUGAGAAAGAAGAUCUAAUUACUUUGAGACCGGGCAGGGAGUAUGCUUGGCUCGAUGGACUGCUUGAGCGGACGUUGAAGGUGCUGCGGUGUAGGCUUAUCAAGUUUUUCUUCUGCCCUAAAGAGACAAGAGACAAGACCGACGACAAAGAUAUCCACUACUACGACCGCGAUAGAAUCUCGACUUGCGUGACGAUGAUGAUCACCACCAUAGUCUUGGCUCUCCUCGUGGUGCCGAUUUGGCUCCUCUACAGAUUCUCCAUUCAGGGAACAAUUGCCACAAGUCCGGAUACUAUCGGCGUAGUCCUUGUCUUUACCCUUGUGUUCUCUGCUGCCCUCACGGGCUUCACGAAGGCGAGACGGCAUGAGAUCGUGGCCGCAUCCGCAGGUUAUUGCGCCGUGUUGGUCGUAUUCUUGGGCAACGUGAACAACGUGGGUAGUGUGCCUCGCUAG